GAUGAGAAACAAGUACUGCAGCAGCAUGCAGCAGCUUGCAGCAUCUGCGGCUCAGCCAUUCACGGGAUGAGGGGGGGACGCUUGCAGAAAGGGAAGCAGAUUGUUGCUUUACACCAGCCUGCUUGUGCAUCUUAGUAGAGGUGAGAAUGAUGCAUUUCAUUUGCAGAUGGCUCAAGAAAUCCAGGCUCUUCUGCACUGCCUCUGCAUCCUGUUCCCCCUGCUCCUCCCACUUCAACUCUUCCUCCUCCUCCUCUCUACAGCAUCAUUAGAAAGGACUACAGAUUGACUGGGACUGGCAAGCUGUGGAUGGUCAGAUUUUACCCCAGCGGAAGGAUUUUUUUGGUGGCUAUGCUACAUCUGCAGCCUGACUGUCGACUGGAUUGUAACUGACUAUAAAAUAACAUCUGAACUUACAAGGAAUCUUGGAUGUGUGUGAGGAUCUAUACCAGUGUUGUCACUGGUGCAUUUCCUCCUUUUUCCUUCUGGUGGUUUUUGCUUUCUCAGAGACUGGCUAGCAGGCACUGCAGCAUUAGGACCGCAAGAUUCAUGAAGGGGUAGGGCAUGAGGACCAAGGGGCAACCCUGAGGAAGGGCUUGAUAACUUCCAUUGGAACCACUGCUGAGCUGAUCGUUUGGGACAGCAGGUGGAAGAGAAGAUGCUUAUGGCCCGAGACACGGCCCGGGAUGAGGCUCAAAAGCUACACAGGAAGUGGCUGAAACACCAGGCCUUUAUGGCAGAGCUGGCCCGAAAUAAGGAAUGGCUGGCCAAGAUAGAACAGGAGGGCCAGGAGCUUAUCCAAGAAAAGCCAGAGCUGCGUCCAGUGGUGCAACAGAAGCUGGAGGAAAUCAGAGAAUGCUGGUCUGACCUGGAGACCACCACAAAGGCCAAGGCCCGGCAGCUCUUCGAAAACAACAAGCCUGAGCCUACACUGAAGAGUUACUCUGACCUUGACAGCCAACUCUCCAAUCUGGAGCAGCAGCCCCCCCAGCUGGAACAGGCACACCACCUGCCCACCUUCAAUGAGCAGCUCCAGAAAUUCCAGGCAAUGGAGUCCCAGAUAGGUGACUUCUACAAGGAUAUGGGGGAGCUGGGAAGCUUGCAGAGUCUGAGCCUGCCCCAUCAAGGCCUGAUGGCAAGUGAAAAGGAGGGUGCUGAGCAGUCGGGUGAGGUGGAGACCCGCAUUGUUCGUCUUAUUGAACCCUUAAAGGAGAGGCGUCGUAUCCUCCUGGCUUCUAAGGAAAUGCACCAGGUUGCCCAGGAUCUGGAGGAUGAAAUUCUAUGGAUCCAAGCAAGGCUUCCUUUAGCAUCAGGCAAAGAUUAUGGGAACAGCCUCCAGAGUGUGCAGCAGCAUGUCAAAAAGCACCAGACACUUCAGAGAGAGCUGACAGGGCGCCGGGCUCGGAUUGAAGAGGUUUUAGACCGGGCUGCAAUCAUCGCCUCCCUAAGAACUCCCGAGGUGGACUUUGUGCGUGAGGGAGCUGGACACGUGCGCCAGCUGUGGGAGGUGUUGCAGCUGGAGACAGAAAGGCGCUCUGUGAUGCUGGAUGCGGCCCUACAGUCUCAGCAGUACUACAGCGAAGCUGCUAAAGUGGAGUCCUGGCUGUCAGGACAAAAGCUCCAUGUUGCUAAUGAAGAGCAAGGCUCGGAUGAAGCAAGCACCCUGCAGCUGCUGAAGGCCCACUUGGCUCUGGAGCAAACAGUUGAAACAUAUGCAGAGACAGUAGGCAUGCUCUCCCAGCAAUGCCAGCAUUUAUUGGAGCUGGGACACCCAGAGAGUGAGCAAAUUACUAAGCAGCAGUCUCACAUAGAUCGGCUAUAUGUGUCACUGAAAGACAUGGUGGAGCACAGAAAAACCAGGCUAGAGCAGCAGUAUUGGCUCUACCAGCUCAACAAAGAAGUUGAGGAGCUGGAGAAAUGGAUUACAGAGCGUGAAGCUGUGGCAAGUUCUACUGAGCUGGGCAACGACCUGGAGGAAGUAACGGUGCUUCAGGAGAGGUUCACCAAGUUUUCCACAGAAACCAAGAGCAUUGGUGAACAACGCAUGGAACAGGUGAACAAAAUGGUGAACGAGAUGAUUGACUGUGGCCACUCGGAUGCAGCCACCAUUGCUGAGUGGAAGGAUGGUCUUAAUGAGUCCUGGGCGGACCUCUUGGAACUCAUGGAAACACGCAGGCAGAUGCUGGCAGCAUCCCAGCAGCUGCACAAGUUCUUCACUGACUGCAAAGAGGUCUUGGCUCAGAUCAUAGGGAAGAUGAAGCAGCUGCCAGAGGUGAGAGCAUGCCAGGCCAACAUUACCAAUCCAGCUACCCUACAGAGACUCAUGCACUCCUUUGAGCAUGCCCUUCAACUGCUAGUUGCACAGGUGAGGCAGCUCCAAGAGAAUGCUGCCCAGCUCAGGGCCAUCUAUGCUGGCGAAAAGGCAGAGACUAUCAUGGUGAAAGAACAGGAAAUAAUGGAAGCUUGGAAGGAACUACUGAGCUCUUGUGAAGCAAGUCGCAUCCAAGUGACUUCUGUUACCGACAAGGUGCAGUUCUUCUCAGUGGUGCGUGAAAACCUAAUGUGGAUGGAAGGCAUCAUGGGCCAAAUAAAAUGGGAUGAGCCAAGAGAUCUUACGGCUCUGGAAGGAAUGAUGAAACAUCACCAGGAUUUAAAAGCCAAAAUAGAUGGCCGCAGCAAGACCAUCCUACAGUGUGCUGACCUCGGCAAGAUUUUGAUAGCUGCAGGCAAUCCUGCAUCGGAGGAGAUACAAGAGAAAUUGGACAGUCUUCUAACUAAGCAGAAGGACCUUGUUGAAAAAUGGGACAAACACCAGGAAAGGUUACUACACAAGCAGGAAAACUUCCAGUUUGCCCAGGAGACAGUAAAGGCAGAAGCCUGGCUGAAAGCCAAGGAGCCCCUGAUCAGCUCCAAGCAGCAAGAGGGAGGAGAGGCCCAGGCGCAGACAGAUGAGGUCGAGCAGCUCAUACUUCGCCAUGAGGCGUUCCGCAAGGCUGCUGUAACCUGGAAAGAACGCUUCAGCUCCCUCCGCCAGCUCUCCGCAGCUGAGAAGAAAAGGGAGGAGGAAAAAAAGACGACCCCUCUCUCCAGUCGAAGAAUGUUCCCGUUAUCAUGUCUGACUCCCAGCGUUCCUUCAACCAGUGCUACUUCUUCCUACUUGAGGCAGACAAUACAGGCUCAAAUAGAACCCCAACCCUUCCAAACCAGCUUAGAUCUGGGUAGCAGUUCUACAACCCAGAGAUUAUCUUCAGCGUUCGCUAGCUAUAGCACAGCUAUUAAUGGCUCAGGAUACCACGGACUUGAGCAGCCAUGUGUUGGGAAAGUAGGAAGCACCUUGUACUUUGGAAUGAACCAACAGGCAGCUGGAGCUGGAAGUGACUCUGGUUUGUCAGCAUCCCAGAGCGGAGGUGCAGACACCUCUACGUACCAUGGAGUAAACCACCAAACUGCUGGUAGUGCAGAGAGUUCUGGAUACUUUGGAGUGACGACAGGAUGUUUGGGCGGUUUGCAAAACCAUCUAAAACCAGGUGGUGCUAAAUUAGAAAGUUCAGGGAAUAUAGCUCAGCAGCCAAGCAGUGGGGGAAUGAUGAGCCCAAGCUUCUUGCCUCAACAAAAUAUGGGCAGUUCUGGAUAUUUGCCUCAACCACAGAAUUUGGGAAGUUCAGGAUAUCUUGGACAGCAGUCUAAUAUGGGAAGCUCUGGGUAUUUGGCACAACAGCAUAUUACAGGAAGCUCUGGGUAUUUGGCACAACAGCCUAAUUUGGGUAGUUCAGGAUACCUAGCACAGAAUUACCAGAGUAGUGCUGGAUUGGGAAGCUCUGGCUUUUUGGCACAAAAUCAUUAUAGCAGUGGAAGUCUGGGCAGCUCUAGUUUCCUGGCCCAAAGUGGAGGAAUUAUGGAUCCUAAAAUGGCAUAUGCAUGGCAGCACCUGAAAGCUGACUUCAUGCAGCCAAGGAUCAACCACAUCCACAAAGCUAUAAAUCCUCUCCUGGAAGCCAGCAGACUGCAGCGUGAACAGUUUGGAGAUAUCCCUAUGGCAGACAUGGUGGGGCCAGAAUCAGGACUGGAGCUUCUCCAUGGUCGUCUCCAGAGGGAUCCCCGCGGAAGUCGUUCAGACCCACAGAUGGACCAUCUGAGGCGGGAAAGGGAGUACAAGCUGGGAAGACAAACCUCUAGCGAGCAGGAAAUCCAGGCAAGGCUGAACGAACUCCCACUGAUAGUGCGGCAGGAACGAUACAGGAGGCGCAUGGAGCGGCAGUCAUCCAGCGAACAAGAGGGGAGCAACAAGCAGAGGCUACAGAGGCAGGACUCAAGUGAUUUGGAGGGCUCUGUGAAGGACGGCUCUGACAAACGCUCAGGGGAGAAGAGGUCUACCAUGGCAGAAAUUGUGGAACAAGCCCAAGACAGAGAGGCAGCACAUGCCCGUGGAGAACCGUAUCGUCCUCCCAGCAGUCUCUCAGCACCUGUGACUCGGUUUGAUGGACGCCCACGUGCCCGGGACCGUCCCAAACCAAGGAGGCGGCCCCGUCCCAAAGAGCCUGAGACCACUCGUCGUUCUCGCUCAGCCCCAGCAACCGGUGCCCCCACCACCCCUCAGCCUCCAUCACACACUGCCCAGAAUGAAGGCUUCCUCUACUGUAAAAAGGCCACAAGUAGCGACCUGGAAGCUCAACAGAGGAGUCCCAACAGCAAAUCCUGGGUAAACGUAUACUGUGUGCUGAAAGAGGGAAAGUUGACUUUCUAUAAGGAUGCUAGGAACCAUACUACAACAUACAAUGGAGAGCCUCCUGUUGACCUGAGUGAGUGCUCAUUCGAUCCGUCAAUGGGCUACAAGAAGAAGAAAAACGUCUUCAUACUCCAAGUAAAAGAUGGAACCAACUUUGUAUUCCAUGCUAAAGAUGAGGAGGACCUGAAGGCGUGGACGUCAAAUAUCACCACAAGUAUUGCUGAGCAUGAGGCCAUGGCCAAGUGGGACAAGCCUGGCCCCUCGUCCAUGGACCCUGACCGCUCAGAGAGGAAGGAGAAGUCAGAGGGCGACGCAGAUGCCAGGUCAGAGAGGUCUGAGCUGAUGGAGGGGGAGGAGAGGUCAGAGAAGGAGAGGUCAGAGAAGGCUGAGGGUUCAGAAAAGUUAGACACAUCUGAAAUUGCUGACAAGUUGGAAGGUGGCGCAGGGGGCUCCAGCACAUCUGGGAGAAGCAAAUGAGGUAGUAGUUUUAUUUUCAUGUUAUUGUUAAAUAUCACUGAUGAAAGGCGA